UCAUAGCGAGUCCCGUUGGUCUCCAGGCUGACCUCCAGGGCUUCAUAGCGAGUCCCGUUGGUCUCCAGGCUGACCUCCAGGGCUUCAUAGCGAGUCCUGUCGGUCUCGCAGCCUGCCUCCAGGGGUUCGUGGCAAGUCCCGUUGGUCUCCCGGCUGAUCUCCAGGGCUUCAUAGCGAGUCCUGUCGGCUGGGCCGGAUUUUAGCAGGGGCUUACCGGGGCUGCAGCCCGGGGCCCCGGCAUUUCGGGGGCCCCGAAGGAUGUUUUAUAAUUUUGUGAAUGGAUAGUGUCAGAAUUUAAUCAAUGACUACGAUGAUUUUGCCAGCACCGAUGAAAAAUGUUCCAAUUUGUUCUGGCAAACGUCCAUCUUGAAUGCUUGCUUGUUAUUGGUCCACUUUUGACGCAUCUUACGCAUUGGGGAGGAGGAGCGUCAAGGGAAUAUUAUUUUACAAUGGCGGACAACAGAAAAUAUGACAGCGGAGCGCAGAAAAGAAGGAAGAGAAAAGAAAAAGAGCAUCGCGCCAAACAAAAUGCCUAAACUGACAGGCUUUUUUCAACCUGUUAGCGGAGAUGGAGCAGAAACAUCAUUAUCCGCCGCUCCUCGAACCCUUAGCUAUGCUAACACCGGCACUAAGAUCCAGCCAGAACCUUUAACCGUGACUGAGUCGGUGGCUGGACUGGCGUCUGUGGAGUCAGAGUCGGUGGAAGCGGGAUCUUCUUCCGCAGAUGGAAAGACGACUGUGGAUCCGUCCAGUACCGAUCCGGCGCAUUGGGGGGAAAUUGACGAGUCCGUGCGAGCUUACUGGGCUGAGCGAGGACCGGAGAGCUGUCAAAAUAUGAAUGUUGGCUUUCAAGCAUCAGAACCGGGUAUACAAGCAUCAAAAGCGUCACUUCUCCAAAUCUCACUUUAAACGCAAGAUGUUAAAUGGAAGCUUGCUGUGCGUAUGUGUUGAUGGUGACAGCAGUCUACUGGGUGUCGGAGGCCGUCCCCCUGGGGGCCGCUGCCCUGGUCCCGGCAUUCCUCUAUCCUCUCUUUGGCGUUCUCAAGUCCAGCGAGGUAGCGGCAGAGUACUGUAAGGACACCACUCUGCUGCUGAUGGGAGUCAUCUGCCUGGCCGCCUCCAUAGAGAAAUGGAACCUGCACAAACGCAUCGCACUGCGCAUGGUGAUGAUCGCAGGGGCAAAACCUGGCAUGUUGGUGCUGGGCUUCAUGUGCUGCACAGUCUUCCUGUCAAUGUGGCUCAGCAACACGUCCACCACCGCCAUGGUGAUGCCCAUAGCCGAGGCCGUCCUGCAGCAGCUCAUCUGCACCGGCCUGGCCGACUCCCACCACGACUCGGAGACCGGCGACGCUCCAGAGGAGGACAGCGCUGUUUCAACCAAAGAGGAGAACCUGGACAAGAACCAGCUAGAGCUGCUCUAUCAAAAUGAACAGAACGAACGCUCCAAACAGGAUCUCAGUUCCUUCACCGAGGGUCAGGCGGGUGAGCUGAACGGUUUCGGUCUUCAGCCCGUCUUGAACAAGACUUUUGUUCGACAAACCAACGGACACCUGCCGCAGGUUGCCAUAGAGAUCCCAAACGUGAAGCGAGUGAGAGCCAGGAGAGACUCCCAGUACCCCACGAAGAGGGACCACAUGAUCUGCAAAUGCCUGUCGCUCAGCAUCACCUACGCAGCGACCAUCGGAGGACUGAUCACCAUCACCGGGACGUCCACCAACCUCAUCUUCGCCGAGCAGUUCAACACUCGCUAUCCGGAGGCGAAGGUGAUCAACUUCGGCACCUGGUUCAUCUUCAGCUUCCCCAUAGCCAUCAUCAUGCUGGUCCUCACCUGGCUCUGGCUGCACUUCCUCUUCCUCGGCUGCAACUUCAGAGAGACGUGUUCGCUGAGUAAGAAACGCAAAACCAGGAGAGAAACGAUGUCUGAGCAGCGGAUCCAGGAGGAGUACGCCAAGCUGGGCCCCAUCAGCUACCCCGAGGUGGUGACGGGGAUUUUCUUCAUCCUGAUGACUCUGCUGUGGUUCACCAGAGAGCCCGGCUUUGUGCCCGGCUGGACGUCGCUCUUUGAGAAGAAGGGCUACAGGACCGAUGCAACCGUGUCUGUCCUCCUGGGCUUCCUGCUCUUCCUCAUCCCCGCCAGACGUCCCUUCUCAUCAUCCUCACCCAGCUGCAGUAACUCAGAAGACAGUUCAGACCCCGACCCUCUCGCCCCCAUGAUCACUUGGAAAGAUUUUCAGAGGCUGAUGCCGUGGGAGAUCGUGAUCCUGGUCGGAGGAGGAUACGCGCUCGCGGCCGGCUGCAAGGUGUCGGGCCUGUCUGUGUGGAUUGGCAGGCAGCUGGAGCCCAUGAGCGGCCUUCCGCCCUGGGCCGUCACCCUGCUGGCCUGCCUCCUGGUGUCGGCGGUCACAGAGUUUGCCUCCAACCCAGCAACUCUUACAGUCUUCCUGCCCAUCCUGUCAGCUCUGUCGGAGACCCUGCUCAUCAACCCCCUCCACACUCUGAUCCCAUCCACCAUGUGCGUGUCAUUUGGGGUCAUGCUUCCAGUGGGGAACCCCCCCAACGCCAUCGUCUUCAGUUACGGCCACGUGAAGAUCAGCGACAUGGUGAAAGCAGGGUUUGGAGUGAACCUGAUCGGCGUGGCGGUGGUUAUGUUAGCCAUCACCACUUGGGGCGUCCCGCUUUUCAACCUGACCGAGUUCCCCGCCUGGGCAGUGGCCAGAAACGUCACCGGAGGCUUAUAACCAACGCCGAGCUAAGACUCAACGUUCAACUGUUAGCCUAAGCUAACGUUAGUGGGUCUACAAGGCAUCAUCUGUGUCUGGUGUACAGCCAAUAGAAAGGAGUUGAGGCAGGGGGUAAAAUUAGAAAAGAAGAGUUUUUAUGAUGAAGACAGAAAAAAACAAAAAACAUGACGGAGUCAAAAGGAUCGUCUUCCCCAGAAAGAGACUGAGAGAACCGGCCUUACGGAAAGAAAGACGAGAAAAUGGCGGAAAGCUAGCUUAGCUAGAAUAUUAGCUUCAGUUUAAGUUGGCCAUAUUGUGGUCGCUCCGGGGGAAAACCGAACUUCAACAAAUUAACUUUACCUCCGUUGCUACAAAUACGCUGAUUCUUUCAAUGAAGCAAUACAAAUUAGAAAGCUAAUUGAGGCAAAUGAAGAGCUCAUAUCGUAUUGAUAUUUCAAAUAUACAACAGAACUGAGAGGUUUUAUUGUCUUUUUUUUAUGUUUUUUUUUUUUUUUUACAAAUUCACCAUAAAUAAAAUGUCUUAAUGUAUUCUUUGUACUCUUGUAGUAAACGUUACAAUAGAAAUAAGCUAACUAGCCACUUGUUAGAAGCCUCUUUUAUGCUUUACCUAGGUGUGCAUGGUAGCGUAGCGCACUGGUCAACUGGUUAAAGCGAGGUUUCUACUGUGGCUGUACUGUAUCAAUACACUCACUGAUUAAAACAGUAAAGAGGAAGAACCCAGAAGAAACUGGUGUAAUACUGUGGCGGGUAUGUAAUUAGUUUUGACUUUUACACUCUGGUACAUCUAGAAGAGAACAUAAUUUGUACGGAAAAGCUGAUGGUGCUGCAGGCAGUGGGGCAGAACGUUCAACUGUUAGCUUAAGCUAACGUUAAUGGAUCUACAAGGCAUCAUCUGUGUCUGGUGUACAGAUGUAACUAAAGCAACAGUUUUUACCUUGACGAAAUUAUGAUGCAGGCUAGUUAAGUCUGAACUGACAACACACCAGCAUUCUGAUUCAUGUGUUUUUACAACUAAAGAAGGUACUGCAAGCUCUUUAACAAGGUUAAAAUCUUUUUUCUUUUUUUGUUUUUUAAAGUUCGGAAUUAAUUAUUUGUUGGCCUUUCAUUGUGAAGAUCUUCAAGAACUUCUGUCUUAGCUGUAUUGAGAUUUUUAACUUCAAACAGUCCUGCUACUAGCAGUACUGCAGCUGCAAUGCUAGCAAAUAUAUCUGAGAAGCUAGCCACAAGUUUAACAGACUAAAUUAACACCGAUGAUUGCAAACACUCAACUCAAAAUGACCUAAGCUGCUGGAGAGUGAUGCUAACUGUAUGAAGUUUAAAAGAAAAAACAACCUACAUAAAAUAUUUAGCAUUUGGUGCUCUUUUGUAGUCCAAAUGUACUGAGAGUUGGAGAUGCUGCUUUUGAUGGAUAAUCCGAAAACCUGGAGCUGCUAUUAUUGGAUUUAACCUUCAGAAAUUGUACUACUUUUUUUUUCAUUCCUACUCCAGUGAUCUUCACUCACCAUCGCUCAGACUGUGACGCUGCCACUUAUCCACUCAGGGCCCUGCAACCUGAGGCUCUGGAGUCAAAAGUGGUUAUUUGGACCUUCCACAAUGGUUCUUAAUACUUUGGGUAAAAAUAAUAAAGAAACAACCUUUUAAUAAAAAAUAUAUAUAUAUAUAUAUAUAUACAGUAUAUAUAUAGAUUUACUGUAUAUUGUUUUAAAUGAGGCUUAAUAGUUUUUGGUUUUUUCGCAGCACUAAAUUUUCACAACAGAAUGACAUUAAAAAUAGCCAUAAUAUUUUGUCAUUUCUCUUUUUGGGAAACACUUUUUUUCUUCUUUCUCUUUAUCUUAAAACAACAAAAAUUCACUGUGGUCCCCACAGUCUUAAGGGACACACUAAGACUGAAUGCACUUUUACAAGUUUUUUUUGUUUUUGUGCGUGUGUCUCGUUUUGGGAAUUGACGGUCUGACGGGACAAACCUUCCAGUUCCCCGCUAUUGACUGUGACAUCUGCUGCGCAACUCCGGAGCAUCACAUUAAACCUGCAGUAGUAUCAAACAUAAUGUUUUUCAAAAAUUAUAAGGUGUCUUUUUCUCUAAAGGUCAUGUUACACUUGCAGCUCUGAGUUUUAUUUAGCUGGACUGAAGGCAGAAAUGUAAAGGUAGCUGACCCCUGUUUUGACCAUCACUAAUUUGAGCAAAUUAUGUCUUCUGAGUGCUUGACUUGGAUCUCGACUGUUUUCCCAGUGAGUGUAGUCAGCCUACUGUACAUAUAACCAAAUGUUUUUCUUCAUUUGGAUAAAAUCUAAUUCACCACACACAAACCAGGGCUUCCUAUCAUGGGACCAAUCAUUUUUUGCAAAGGUUCUAAAGCUGAUUUGAAGCUUUGCACCAAAUACCAAAUUUGUUUUUGCCGCCUGUUUUAUUCAAAACGUCUUGAAAUGCUUUUUCUGUAUCAAGCCUGUAAUGCUAAAAUGUUGGCUGCCUGUUUUAAACCUGGAUUCAAACCUUAUAAGCUCAUUGGUGCCUUGCUGUGAUGUUGGAAAACCUCUGUUCACGGCUUACUUUCUUAAAUCUUGCACAUUGUUUACUCUGCUUACGACAAGAAUGUAUUUCCAGUAGUGACCCUUUAUUCUUUACUAAAAAUAAUCUUGAAACUUUGCUUUUUAUAUAUAUAUUUUUGUCUUUUGUCAUAUCUCAAUGUCCUUAAGGUUGCAGGGAGAAGUAUUCGGUUGUUGGAUUAGCUCCGUUUUUUUUGAGGUGUAGGAAGUACAUGACUGGAUUACGGGCAAGAGAAGAAUUUAUGUGAGGCAGCAGAGUCCAUUCAAGCUCUGGUUGACUGAAAACUGAGUACGGGACUGUAUUGUGCAAUAGUUCAAUCCACUCAUCAAAUCACAAUAACUCUUAUGGUGGCAAAGUCGAAAAGGUUUACGCAAAACCCUCCAUUGUACUGAGCAGAAAUGCAAAAGGUAUGUUUUAUGUUUUCACAGAAAAUACAAAAUUGAUAUGUAAUUUGUGACUGUUUUGUACUGCCAGAGGCCUUAGACCCCUGUUAGAAGUCUACAGUUUUCUUUGUGGUUUGUAGAUUUCUACAGGGUUCCUACACAUUUACGGGGUCAAAAUUUCAUCUCCAAAGAAGUUCUUGAUCAGGUUCAUUUCAAAAUGUGGUACUUCCAAAGAUCAAGCUAUGGAAACUUCUAAAUGUAAAAAGGUAAUGACUGGAGCAUGAGCGGAGGGAUGAUUGAUGGAUAAAUGGCCAGAUUGGGAGAUGAGUGACCGAAAGAGGAAUUGUUGGAUUACGGGACGACUGGUCAGAUGGACAGAUGAAUGGCUGGACGUAGUGAUGAGUGGAUUGAUCGGUGUAUGAAAAGUAGGACGAAUGGACAGUUGGACUGACUGGACAGAGGGGCGGCCUUACAAACGGGUGGACAGACUGACUGAUACAUUUGACACCAAGAACUUUUAUCAAACUCCAGAAUGUAGGAACCCUGUUUCUAGCAAUGGUUUCAUUGAAGACCUUUGACCCGGAGGCCACACUCCUUUGUAAAUACACACUGAUUUGUAAUAUAAACACAAUGUGUUUUUUGUUUGGUUUCUUUUUGCCCGUUUCUAAUUACCUGUAACAUUCUCAAAUCAGCUGUUUUAUCCUGAAAGGGUAUUCAUAUUACGCUAGAGUUAGAAAACAAUAUACAUGUGCGACAAUAAAAGCCAUCAAAAUCA